CUAACAGUAAGUACUUAUGAAAAGACAAGUAAAGUAUGAUCACGUGAUUCAAGUGUUUUGAUUCAGAAAUUUGCAGCACUUUUGCGACAAUUUUUAAUUAAGAGAUACUUAGAGAAGACUUUUAAAGAGACGAUUACUCAUCAAAUGUGGUGUCCUUUGACGUCGUGUUUAUUGAGAAGACAGUUGUCAUUAAAGAGUAAAGUCAUCAUCAAUGCCAUCAAUAGACGUAAAACCCAUUUUUGUGCCGUAAAACUGACAAACAAACGACUGAUCCGAGUGUCGGGCGCCGAAAGUUUCAUUUAUUUGCAAUCAUUUUUAACCAAUGAUUUGAGACAUCUGUUAAAUGGUGAAGAAGUGUCACAAAGAAGUUGUGUCUACACCUUCUUAUUGUCGGCUUUGGGCAAAGUUUUAGCCGAUAUUUUUGUAUAUAAGGCUAAACUAUUAAGCGAUGGCGAACUCAUACUUGAGGUCGACGCAAGUCUAGCACCCGCUUUGAGACGACUUUUGAUUGCAUACAACACAACCCGAAACAUUCGGGUCGAAGCCGUUGAUGACAUUGAUUUGUGGGCAUUAAUACCGAAGACAUAUGAUGAGCGGUUCAAUGAAAACAAUGACUUUAUUCUUAAGGAAGUAAUUAGCGAUGACUUCCAGUUAGUAACAGAUCCACGACUGCCUCAAUUGGGUUACCGAUUAUUAAGUAGAAUCGGUGGUAAAGAGUUUCAGGACAUCUUACCAUUUAUUGAAGACAAACGUAUUGAAGAAGGAAAUAUCGGUCACUAUAGGAGUUAUAAAUAUAAAUUAGGUGUAAGUGAAGGAAAUGAAGACAUGUUAUCCGGAUUUUACUUUCCAUUUGAAUUAAACGGUGAUUAUCUCAACGCAAUAUCUGUAGACAAAGGUUUAUAUACAUCUGAGGAAAAGACAAUCAAAGUUUAUAUGAAGAAACCAAUAGUCAAGCGAAUAAUGCCCGUCCAGUUUGUGUGCCAACAGUCAGAAUUGUACGAACACUCGCCUCCGCCCUCAACUAACAUCAGUUCAAAAUAUAUCCGAAAUUUCGGUACACUUAGGAAUAGAAAGGGAUUCAAUGGGAUCGCAUGUCUUAGGGUAUUAAGUAACGAAACUCAAGUUCCUAUUGAAGACUUGAUACAUAUUCAAAGUGGUCUCAAAAUGAAGACAUGGAUUCCUGAGUGGUGGCCGCAACGCAUUAAUCAAAUAGCGUUCCCGGAAACCAAUUAUCCCGAAAAUUUAUUUAACAUAAUUCCCACUUAAUAUGAAAGAACUAUUUAUUAAAUCAUAUUUCAAUA